ACGACUCAAAGAAGCUACGAUGGUAGUCCCCGCGAGGGCCGGUGGGACCCUCUAGUACCUGUAGAGCAGAACGAGUAUCGAGCAUCGGCCGGGCAUACCGUUACUCCGGACCAAGGCCUGGCCGAGCGCCGAGGACAUGUCCCGGCUUCUCCGGCCAACCUAGCAUACCCAGAGGGAGUCUGGAAAAGUUGCAAGCAGAACAUCAUUUAUUUAAGAAAAAUUUGGGUAACAGACGUUCUGGAUAACAGGACAAACCAAUUCCUUCAUCAUGAGUUGGAGCUUCCUGACUCGCCUGCUAGAAGAGAUCCACAACCAUUCCACCUUUGUGGGGAAGAUCUGGCUCACUGUAUUGAUAGUCUUUCGGAUUGUCCUUACAGCUGUAGGAGGAGAGUCCAUCUAUUAUGAUGAGCAAAGUAAAUUUGUGUGUAACACAGAGCAGCCGGGCUGCGAGAAUGUCUGCUACGAUGCCUUUGCACCCCUCUCCCAUGUGCGUUUCUGGGUAUUCCAGAUCAUCCUGGUGGCCACCCCCUCAGUGAUGUACCUGGGCUAUGCCAUUCAUAAGAUUGCCAAAAUGGAGCAUGGGGAAGCAGACAAGAAGGCAUCUCGGAGCAAACCCUAUGCAAUGCGUUGGAAACAGCACCGGGCUCUGGAAGAGACAGAAGAGGACCAUGAAGAGGAUCCCAUGAUGUAUCCAGAAAUGGAAUUAGAAAGUGAAAAAGAAAAUAAAGAGCAAAGCCAACCUAAACCCAAGCAUGAUGGCCGUCGGCGAAUUCGGGAAGAUGGACUCAUGAAGAUCUAUGUGCUACAGUUGCUGGCAAGGACUGUGUUUGAGGUGGGUUUUCUCAUCGGGCAGUAUUUUCUGUAUGGCUUCCAAGUCCACCCAUCUUACGUGUGUAGUAGACAUCCUUGCCCUCAUAAGAUAGACUGCUUUAUUUCUAGGCCCACUGAAAAGACCAUCUUCCUUCUGAUAAUGUAUGGUGUUACAGGCCUUUGCCUAUUGCUUAACAUUUGGGAGAUGCUUCACUUAGGGUUUGGGACCAUUCGAGACUCACUAAACAGUAAAAGGAGGGAACUUGAAGAUCCGGGUGCUUAUAAUUAUCCUUUCACUUGGAAUACACCAUCUGCUCCCCCUGGCUAUAACAUUGCUGUCAAACCAGAUCAAAUCCAGUACACCGAAUUGUCCAAUGCUAAGAUCGCCUACAAGCAAAACAAGGCCAACAGCGCCCAGGAACAGCAGUAUGGCAGCCAUGAGGAGAGCCUCCCAGCCGACCUGGAGACCCUGCAGCGGGAGAUCAGAAUGGCUCAGGAACGCUUGGAUCUCGCAAUCCAGGCCUAUAAUCACCAAAACAACCCCCAUGGUCCCCGGGAAAAAAAGGCCAAGGUGGGGUCCAAAGCUGGGUCCAACAAAAGCAGUGCUAGUAGCAAAUCAGGGGAUGGAAAGACCUCCGUCUGGAUUUAAUCUUGGCUGGGCUUCAGACUUGUGCUUUUCAUAGUUCAUGGUAAGCAGCGGCUCACUGAAUAAUGACUUCCAUUGAGUAAACAUUUGGCUCUGGUUCUCUUCAGGGAUGCUGCUGGCUCGUAAUCGAAACUCAGGGGACUCUGAAGGUGGUGGGGCCGGAUGGGCGAGGGGCACGUGUUCUCAGCAAUAAGACAGUUGCAAGACUCUGCAUUUGUGUCUUCCAGAUCUGGAGAACAGAUUUAAAUCAUUCUUGUUGAACAGUUUUUGUAUGUACAGUAUUAUGGUACUUUUUUUUAGUAUGAGAAUUUUUUGUAUUUGUACAUUGAACUGCUGUAGUUAUACUUUUGUAUUAAAGGGAAAAAAUCCUUGUAAGUAAUGCCUAUUAGGCUAGUUUCAUUACUUUAAGCAAAUUCUGCUCUGGGUGUGAGUUUUAAUAGAUUCUACACUUAAUAAAAGUGCCUCUCACGUUGCAGGAAAGAUUUCAAAUAUGUAAGGAGAUUGAGGAUGAAGUGUAAGUUUUUAGUCUGGAGAAGAUGACUGAGAUCCUCUUGUACCUGAGAAAUCUUUAGCUCUUAUUCAUGUGACCAGAGUUAUAGCUGAUCUUUAAAAACCUAUUUACAUUUCCAAAGGAGAAAAAUGAUGUAGCGCAGGAUUCCUUUGAAUAUCAAGCUUGGCCAGUAUGUUUUUAUGGUGUGUAUUUUUGUUUCCCAAAGACCAGUACAUACAGGUUUCCCCAAUCUGUAGCAGUUUGGAGAGCCCCACUAGAGCUGAUGCUAACAAGCUGCUUCUCUUAAAAAGCAAAACCACACCUGGAAAAUGAGCCCUGAUAGGAUAUUAAGUUGUGAACGUUUGAUUUGCCUUAAGCCUCUAUCUAGAAACCUGCCUCCUUCUCUCUCCCUCCCUUGCUCCCUCCCUCCCUCUCCCUCUCCCUCUCCCUCUCCCUCUCUCUGGUUUCUUAGUAAACCAGUGAAGGAUAUUUUCUUUACUUGUUAAUAUUAGAAAUAAACAAUUCCCUUGUAGAGUAAGAAUAUUCAUAGCUUCUAGUACUGCAAAUGGCAGAAGGCCUAAAUCCAAGUUUCUUAAUUUUUAAAAUUUACCAUGGGACUUUUAUCCUUUACUUACUUCUGCCAAUGUGGCUUUCUGCCUGAAAGGCCAUUGUGACCUGGCGUUGUCUGUAAAUAGACCUAAAGAGAAGUUCAGUGUUAUUCCUUAUGGGCAUAUGUAUUUGUCAGUGGCAAGCAUUAAUGUUUAUAACAAUAAUAAUUUGCAGUAUUUUAUUGCCAUUUCAAACGUACCUUAUGUUGGAGAACUUUGCUCUCCCACCCUGUUCACAUCAUUUGUCUUUAAGUUUGUGAACCUUUUGAGUAAGAGCCUGAUGGUGGUUUUAAAGGAGCCUCUGCUCCAUCGGGGAGCAUAUCUCAUUUGGGUGUCAGUGCUCUUUUCCAACAGAAGACUGUUAGAAGCCCCCUCUGACUUUGAAAUUUCUGAAGUAGUGGUUUUUAUUUCGUUUUAUAGUUUUCCAACAGGGCAUAUGCGCUCACCAGAGAGGGAGGGAAGGUGAAAAAUCGCUCCUCAGAGAGGAUGG